AUGAGUAUAAGAUUAUUUAAACUUAAUACUUUCGGGUUGAAAAAUGGAGGAUUUCCCUGUAGAAAUGGGAAUUCCUUGAAUUUAGGAGGUUUUAAAGGGUGGAGAUGUUUUAGUGGGAGUUCAAGAUGUUUGGAAGAAGAAGAAAUUCAUAGUUCUAUAACUAAACUUAAAGAUAGUGAAAAAUUAGAUCCUAUGAUAUUCCAAGCUCUUGAUACCCUUAAUUUCAAAGCUUUGACUAAAGUUCAAGCUGAAUCAAUAAUUCCUUCGGUUGAAAGUGAUAAGGGGCUUGUUGUUCGUGCUAAAACUGGUACAGGUAAGACUUUAGCUUUCUUAUUACCUAUAUUGAAUGAAUUAAUUCCUAGUAGAAGUCAUAGUAUUAAAAAUAAGAGGAAGAUUUUCCAUCUUAUUAUUUCCCCAACCAGAGAUUUAGCCAUGCAAAUUGAAAGUGAACUUGUAAGGUUUGUAAAAGCUCAUCCAACUUUAAAGAAAGAUUUCGUUCCUAGAAUUUCAUUAUUGACUGGAUCUAAAAGAAGUGAUUUAGAAUCACUUUUUGCCCCAUCUAUUGUUAUUGCCACCCCUGGAAGAUUAAUGGCCACCAUUCAAAACAAAAGAAUGGCCGAUAGAUUCAGAGGGGUCAAGACAAUCACUUAUGAUGAAGCUGACAGAUUAUUAGAUAAUGGAUUUAGAGAUGAUAUCCUUAAUAUUAUUGAUGCAUUAAAAGAGAAACAUGUUGAUAAAGAAAGUGAUUCUCCAUUCAAACAUUUGUUAUAUAGUGCUACUGUUGAUGGAGAAGUAGCGAAAUUUGCUAAAGAAUUCAUUGGUAAAGAUUACAAGUAUAUUGAUUGUGUUGAGGAAGCUAAAACUGAAGCUCAUGAAAAUAUCAACCAAAUUAUUUAUAAAACCAAAAAUCUCAAACAAUCAAUGUUUGGGUCAAUGGAUGUCGCUUUGAAUAAGUUAAAACAAGGUAAUGCUAAGAUUAUUAUCUUUCUUCCAACAGUUUUAAGUACUCAAUGGUAUUAUGAAGUAUUAUCAGAUUCUCGUCGUUUCCAUAAACUCGAUGGUUCAGUUCAUUUGUUACAUGGUAAAUUAACUCAAAGUGCUAGAGAUAGAGCUAUUAGGGAAUUCAGAAGAGCUAAAUCAGGGAUCUUUAUAGCUACUGAUGUCGCAGCCAGAGGUUUGGAUUUCCCCGACAUUUCUUCGGUGAUACAAGUCAAUCCAAGUAAUGAAUUAGCUAAUUAUAUUCAUAAAAUUGGUAGAACUGGUAGAGCUGGUAGAAAGGGUGAAGCCAUAUUGUUCCAAGCCGAGUUUGAGCACAAGUAUAUCAAAGCUUUACAAAGAGAAAAGCAAAUCAAAUUUAAUGAGACUGUUGAAUAUGAACUUCCUGAAGAUACUUUGGUUGAAUUGAAAUCUCGUCAUGAUGGUGGUGAAGCUGUCAAAUCCUUAUGUGCUUACUAUUCUAUGUUAGAAGGAACCUAUAGAAUCAGUUUAGAAGAUGCUUUAUUUGAUUUACUUGAAGUUUAUCAAACAUUCCAUCCUGACGAAAAGAUCCCCCCAGUUUCCAGUGUUUUAGGAAGAUCUAAGAUUUCCAGAAAUGUCAGACAAAACGUGUUUGAUAUUGAUGAAGAUCAUGAUAGUAACAAACGUCAUGAAAGAUUCGAUAGAUUCUCCAGAAAUGGAGGAAAGGGAAGAGAUGAUAGAAGUUUUAGAAACGAUAGAUAUGGUAGAGAUAAAAGUUUUGGAGGAAGAAACUACGGUGAUAGAAACUACGGUGAUAAAAAAUUUGGUGGUAGAGAUGGAAAGAGAAGUUAUGAUAGAAACUCCGGUGAUAGAUACGAUAGAAACUCCGGUGAUAGAUACGGAAGAAACUCCGGUGACAGAUACGGAAGAAAUUCCAGUCAAUCUUAUGGUAGAAACGAAAGAUACGGAAGAAACUCCGGUGAUAGAUCAAAUUCUAGAUCUUUCGAAGACAACUAA